GUGAGACGGCUUCCAGGGGGUCGAUAGCAGCGGGGACAGCCCGGGCUCAGUGUAUGGCUACGGAGUUACGUUUUCCAGACUCCAUGCCCUGUCACAAUCAGCAAGUAAAUUCUGCCUCUACCCCAAGCCCCGAGCCACCGACCCCUGAUGACCCGAUCCUGGACUAUGCCGGGGGAAACAGCGCCUCCAUGACCAAGCUGGCUCUUUUCACAAGGCACACCCCUUCCAGUGUACCAGCUGAGCGGGGCCCCCAGGCCUGUGGCGGCGCCAGCCUCAACUCGGAGAGCAACGGUGACAGUGGCAACUAUGACGCACUAGCCGGCGACACCCUCCUAGGGGACUGCGAACUCUCCCGGCAGAUGGGGGCGCAGCUUAAGCUGCUGCCUAUGAAUGAUCAGAUCCGGGAGCUGCAGACUAUCAUCCGGGACAAGACAGCCAGUAGAGGGGACUUCAUGUUUUCUGCGGAUCGUUUGAUCAGACUUGUUGUGGAAGAGGGAUUGAAUCAGCUGCCAUAUAAAGAAUGCAUGGUAACCACUCCAACAGGGUACAAAUAUGAAGGAGUGAAAUUUGAGAAGGGAAAUUGCGGGGUCAGCAUAAUGAGAAGCGGUGAGGCAAUGGAGCAAGGUUUACGAGACUGCUGUAGAUCCAUAAGAAUUGGAAAGAUCCUGAUUCAGAGUGAUGAGGAAACACAAAGAGCCAAAGUAUAUUAUGCCAAGUUCCCCCCAGACAUUUACCGGAGAAAAGUCCUUCUGAUGUAUCCAAUUCUGAGCACUGGAAAUACUGUAAUUGAAGCUGUAAAGGUUCUUAUAGAACAUGGAGUUCAACCCAGUGUUAUCAUCCUACUCAGUCUGUUCUCCACUCCUCAUGGUGCCAAAUCAAUCAUUCAGGAGUUUCCAGAGAUCACAAUUUUAACUACUGAAGUUCAUCCUGUUGCACCUACACAUUUUGGACAGAAAUACUUUGGAACAGACUAAGUUAUUGAAGAAAAAUGAAUCAUCUUGUAUAAUAUUAUAGUUAUGUUUUGAGUUUCUACUUGUUUUACUAAUUUACUGAGGAAUGGUAAAGAAAAUUGUGUUAGAGAUGCUUUUUAAUUUUGGAAAUAGGUAUAGUAAAAAGGAACUAUAUGAGGUUUAUUUUAUUUGGUUGGCACUAAAUUCAGUAAUGUGGUACAUACAACUCUUAGAAAAGAUGGAAAUUUUAAUAAUAUGCUUAUGCAAAUUGCUAGACCCUCAGUGCAUUGAAACUGUUCCCUAAUCUGUGAACUGCUCGGUUUGGAGGUGGCUUGCAGCCACAUAUAAAACCCAAAUGAGAGUCAGUUCUUUGGCCCACUAUAGUUUGCAUUUUGCUUUUAGCUCUAGAGAGAUUACAUGUAUGUGGCUCUUGUCACCUCCCUCUACUGUUUGCUUCCCGGUACUGUACAUGCUGGUAACUUGGAGAGGAGAAAAAAGAAUGCCUCCUGGAAUUUUACAUUUCCAUUACUGUUCUAAUGCAAUUGGCAGACCCAGGAUGUAUGGUUGACUCUUCAGUCAGGCAUUAUGUUCUUCAUGGCUCAUUUCCCAAACAGUGCCUUGCCAGGCUAUACUGCCGUAUAGAAGAUGGUGGGGCAUUUUCAGCAACUGAAACUGUAACACAGACUGAACCAGGGAUGUCAGGAUGCUGAUAAGGGAGAGCUAAGUACUAUUAAUGUCAUCAAUCCUCUAGAAGAGAAUUGGUUGAUUUUCUGAGGUGUGGGGGAAAAGGGUGGUUUGUUUCUGGGUUUUAUGGAUAGUAAGUUUUUUUUUUAAUUUCGAUAUUUCUACUAGAAACCUUUAUUUGGAAGUUAGUUAUUUUGCAUAUUUGUCAACUGUAUAUAUAUUAAAAUGGAAAAAAAAUCAUGUUUUAAAAGAAAAUCCCUAACAUUUAUGUGUUCAUAUUUAGACUUCUGAAAGGGAGAGAAACCAUUUUAGAAAUCAAUGUUUGUGUUCUGAAACCUGCUUAUAAAACCCCAAUCUUGUUUUACUUUGAUAUUAAAACAUUUUAACAGUGGUGGUUCGUUGAUUACUUGGUUGAUUAUAUUCUCAUGGCCCCAGAGGCAGCUGUUGUGGGCCUCUGUUCUUUUAGAGCAGAAGGUAAUAUCUCAGAAAGAACCAAAGCUUGAUGAAAGUGAGCACAGGUUGGGGGAGAGGAAGGAAGCCUGUGUAGAAUGGGCUACAUUUUCCCUUUGGAACCUAGGAAUACUUGGAGAAUUUUGCUAAAUUUUUCCCUUUAUUUUUGAAGUCUGUCAUAUAAUCAAACUGAGAUUAACUGAUAGAUUAGUUCUUCAUAUUCUAUCAUAUUAAAAUUCUUCCACUGCAAAUGUUACUUUCAAGUUAUUAUUGAAAUUGUCAUCUAUACUUGUCAGUUAAUUGUUUUGAUGCAAUAUGGAUUUUGUCUGCUCCUGAUUUGCAGAAGCUAUAACUAGAGCCCAUUAAAGCCAAACUAUUUAUCCGUUUGUCCCAGUAAAGAUGUGAGCUGCAAAAUUAAAUAGAGACCAGAUCUACUUUAGAUCAAUGCAUUGAAUUAAUUGGAAAGGUGAUACCGCUGUUGUGAGUUAGUUCUUAUGUUAGGACUUUGUUUGAAGUGACUUUCCAGAACAUCAGAAACGUUCAUAUUCAAAUGUACAUAUAACCACAUUUCAAGCAAUUUAUUUUUAUAUCAUCAGCCAGGUUAUAUUUAACAUGUCUCUGUUCCUUUUCAUCAGGGAACAUGAUUGGUAGUUGAUUACAUUUGAUUCCACAUGGAUGACCUAGCAGGUACAGUAGGAAUUAUUCACUGGGGUCAUAUUCCCCACUGAUGUUUGUCCUCUACCCUCCUUCAGAUUUCAAGAAAAAUUGUAACUACAUCUUUUGAAAUUUGAGUCUUUUUAGCAAAUGAGGCAUUAUUUAUAGGGCUAAUCAUCUGCAAGAUUCUUUGGACCUGGGAAAUUUACUAAACUUGACAUAAGAUUAACAGACUUUUCAAAACAAGAUUGUUUUUAAUGAAUGAUUAUUGAAGAAAGAAACCCUAACAAGAAAAAUGACACUCGAAUAGCAUAUAGCAGUGAUUCUCAAAUUGAGUAUGCAUCACAAUCACCUGGAG